GUCAUGGCCGCCCUUGGGACCCCGAGCUGACAGUUGGAGGGCCCUGCGUUUAGGGGCUGCAACCACCCCCCCUUUUUUUUACCGCCCCCCGCCGUCAAGCGUGAGUGCUGAGGUCCUUAGGACCAAGAUUAGAGGCGGGGAUGGGGUGAGGAAAAAGGGCUGCUGCGGUGCGUCAGGGCUCAGGGCGGAGGUCGUCGUAGCGGAUGAAGGAAGGCUAAGACCCCGGGACGGGCGGGGCUGGACAUGAAGAGGAGGUUGCGCCGCUGCCGGGACGCGUGGCUCACGCUACUGCUCAGCGCCACCCUCGGCCUCCUGCUCUACGUGCAGCGUGACGGGGCAGCCCCCAAAACCAGAGCACCAUCAGCUCGAGGACAGUCCCCGCGGCCCACUCCUGGUCUCCGAGCACGCGCGCCCCACAAUACCGCCAGCGCCGCCCCUCUGGCCUACGAGGACGACACCCCGGUGCCGCCCACCCCUACGGGCCCCUUUGACUUCGGCAGGUAUCUGCGCGCCAAGGAUCAACGGCGCUUCCCGCUGCUCAUUAACCAGCCGCGCAAAUGCCGCAGAGACGGCGCCUCUGGCGGCCCGCCCGAUCUGCUCAUCGCGGUCAAAUCUGUGGCCGCCGACUUCGAGCGGCGGGAAGCCGUACGCCAGACUUGGGGUGCCGAGGGUCGCGUGCAGGGGGCCCUCGUGCGCCGAGUGUUCUUGCUGGGAGUGCCCAGGGGCGCUGGCUCUGGCAGUGCGGGCACGCGGACGCACUGGCGCGCCCUGCUGGAAACUGAGAGCCGCGCUUAUGCAGACAUCCUGCUCUGGGAUUUCGAAGACACUUUCUUUAAUCUAACGCUCAAGGAGAUUCACUUUUUGGCUUGGGCCACAGCUUUCUGUCCAGACAUACGCUUUGUUUUUAAGGGCGAUGCCGAUGUGUUCGUGCACGUGAGGAACCUGCUGCAGUUCCUCGAGUCGCGGGAUCCGGCACAAGACCUUCUUGCCGGUGAUGUGAUUGUGCAGGCAAGGCCAAUCCGCGCAAGAGCCAGCAAGUACUUCAUUCCCAAGGCUGUGUAUGGGCUGCCGGUUUACCCGGCCUAUGCCGGGGGUGGCGGCUUUGUUCUUUCCGGAGCCACGCUCCGCCGCCUAGCAGAGGCCUGUACACAGGUUGAGCUCUUUCCCAUUGACGAUGUCUUUCUGGGCAUGUGCUUGCAGCGCCUGCGGCUCACACCUGAGCCUCAUCCAGCCUUUCGCACCUUUGGCAUUGCUCAGCCAUCAGCUGCACCGCAUCUUCGCACCUUUGACCCCUGUUUCUACCGAGAACUGGUGGUAGUGCAUGGGCUAUCUGCAGCUGACAUUUGGCUUAUGUGGCGCUUGCUGUAUGGGCCUCAGGGGCCAGUCUGUGCACAUCCACAGCCUGUAGCAACAGGUCCGUUCCAAUGGGACGCUUAACUACCUAUCACACUAUCGAGUCCCUCUCAGCUCCAGAAGCCACUAUUAAAGAACCCGAAAGGGCUUCUUCCCAUGAGGGUUAAUGGUGUACACGGCUUUUCUCCAGAUCAGAGUGUGCAGCGCUGACGCAGAGAUAGCCAGGGCCAAGGUAGUGGACCAUGUCUUGACUAGCAGACCCCAAAGCUGGCACAUUUAAUAAAACUAGUAGCCAACAGCAUUACUGUGUGUGCCAGUGAGGGCUUGGCUGGAAUGCUUAGGGCGCUACAAACACUAGCUAGUACCCCGCAGCCAGGCCUCAGCCCUCAGAGCUGGCAGGCACUUCACUUAUUUGCUUCCUUCCUUCUCCACAUUGGAUUUCCAGUGGCCUUACCUUAUCUGUCUGUCCCCUUUGAGGUCUACUGCGUUAGGGCUAACCCUUUAGGCCCAGGUUUGCCUGUAACAGGAGGCAUGGGGCCAUGAUGUGUCAUGGUCUUGUCCACUAUAUGCACACACACAACUAUGUCAAUGUACUUAUGAAGCUGACUCCGCCCCUUCCCAGGCGCCCUAAGAUUCCCAUGCUCUUCAACCAGAGUCAAGAAAAUCAACAGCUCACAUUUUAG